UUAUUUUUCUUUAUACCCUGAGAAAAUUACCAUGAAAGUGUGUCCGAUAUGGCCGCUCGUAAUUUUAGCCGUCGUGACAACAACAAGUCGACACGCUCGCGGAGAGGAUUGCGUGAAAGGUGCCAAAACUCGGUCAAAACAAAAUGAAUGUUCACGGGGAAAGCUUUUUAUUGUCGGAAGAAGACUUGCAAGAGCUGGACAGGUUCCUGAAAAAAGUAGGGUUUGUUUAAAACAUAAAAAUUUAAUUGAAAAGAAAGACCGGCGAUGCUCCUUCCCUAGUAGAGGCAGCCAUACAAACUCACUCAUCGACUUACCAAUACGACUGUACGACGCUGUGGAUAGAUUAGGAGAGGCAAAUGAAUCAUAUACUCCAGGAACUAUGUGGUGCACCAACUGCAGAGCACGGGAGAAGGAAAUAUUCCAAACUACAGAGGGUUAUAAGCCACCGGAAAAGCGGAAACGAUCUAGCACAAGUGUAAAACAAAAUGAAGGACUUGGUGUCAGCGAAAAUACUCCUACAAGUGAGCUAUCAAAGAUUUUKCAGUUUUCAAAUUCUCCAAUAGAGCGCCUACAAAUGUCUCUGGAGAAUGCAAAAUCAGUCUUACACAAUUCUAGAGGAAGCUAUGAAGAAAUGGUUUCGUGUAGAAGGCACCUGACAGCAACGAGAAGGCACUUCCAGAAUCUUUUUGAUCGGCUUCGACUGUUGUCAAACAACUCUGGAAUAACUCUUSAUAAGGAAAUACACAGCUGGAGUGUAGUUGAAACAUCUUUUGGCAAUAUUGCCUUAAAUACAAGAGGAGACGUCCAAGUAGACAGCUCUGUGUGGGAACAGAUGGUGAAACAAUUAGAAAAUAAGAACACAGAACUUCAAGAAGAUUCAUUUGAGACUUUGGUGGAUAUGUUCCAAAAUGCACUCUACCAUCACUACACAAAUGAGGAGCCACCACUUUAUAACAGAUUUGUCAUGCAUGACUUUGCAGAAGAGCAUGCACCUGGUUUAUAUAAUAUGAUCUUUAAUUCAAUAUCAAGAAUUGAUGGCAAGCAGUGUAAAGAAAGGAUUGAGCUUCAGCAUCAAAGAACAGUGGUGAUUCUACAUACACUUGCAUAUUUUAGAUCACAAAAGACUUCAACGUUACAAAAAGAUCUGGGUCUUUUCUUAAAUCAACAUGGGGCAUCGAGAUCUGCAAUCAACAGUGGCCCUAUUKUAGGAUACAGUACUGCCCCCAGAACCAUUGACYGCUAUAAUGAUGAUUUCAGGAGAAGAUUUCCAUCUAUUCUCCAUGAAAAAAUUGAAAAAGCUAAAAAGGAAAACUACUUCAUUAUGCUAUUAAUUGAUGAUUUUCACAAUAUUUACACUGUACGUUUACCACAAAGUGACCUUAAACUUUCUAUGGCUACUCAUAUGGUAUCAUCACUCCUGGAUAUUCACCCUACUAUGAAUGGGAUCAAACUACCAUCCAAAAUACAUCAAAUUCACUGUUGCCCUACAGUUGUCAUUGAUGGCAAAGAGAAAACAUGUGUGGGAGGUAUUGCUAAAGACAAUGUAGAAAACAUCAUGAAAAGUGGUUUGGAUAUUUGGAAAUCUACAUACAUGGAAUCAUUGCCAAGAGAAUACCAUCACCUCAGUGGACAGGGUUUGAAAAAGCAAUUACAUGAACUCAGGGUAUACAAUGGCUUAGCACAUAAAGAAAUGCUGACUUUGAAAACCUGCAUUCUUGUUGAUGAAUUCSAGCAAACACUUAAGUCGAUGGAAGACUACAAAAAAGCCAUUGAUCACAUUUUGACAUGUUCAAACAAUAAAUUACAAGAUUAUCUUCAAGAGCACAUAAUUCCCUUUCCUGGAGAUUGGCCCUCGUGGUAUUACACUAAAAAGUUAAUUGCACAAACACACAGCAGUUCCGAAUUGAAUGCUUAUGCAUCCAUUAUGCCUGAGCAAGGUCCUUUUCAUGUCACUCUCAAUGCAAAUGAAGAUACUAUUAAGAUACAUCACUUUUUCUUUGAAAAGGUGUACAAUGAAGUUUUUGGCUUACAGCUGCCACUCAAACCAAAGCCCUUCAGAGUAAGCUUAAUUCUUACUGGAACUCUAUGUGGAUGGCUUAUUAUCAGGGACAAAAUACUUAAGAAGUUUAAACUUUGCAAAGAUCCCGAGUAUAUAUGUAUCAUCCAUAUACUGGAUGAAAUAUUACCAUUAGUAUUUUUUCAGUAUGGAGUGGUGUUUACAUCUGGCAAUCUUCAAGAAUACCAAAAUGUGAUGUUCAGAUUCCUUAUUAUAUAUAUUAUUUGGGACCGUCACCAUUAUGAUAGAUCAACUUUAUCAAUGUUGAAUGACUUGUUUCAUCAAAAGAAAAACUUUUCAGAGUACUACAAAUUCAAGAUGGACUGGCUAUCAAUUAUUACUGAGAAAAAAGUUGAGAUUUGGCAUUCACUGCUACGAUUCCAUAUCAACAUAUACAACACCGGGAAUGAUAUAAGAAAUACCGCAAUUGCAUUGGCUGCAUCUUCAACAGCUACAGCCUUCUUUAAUGCAUUUGUUAGACCAUACAAGAGAGGGACAAAUUCAGAAAAAAAUCUAAAAAGGGUAGCAGGAAAGACAGCAGAAGUUCUUAUGACACUAUUUCAGAAAAUUGGUUUUAAUCUUGGCAAAUCAAAAAAGCUUCCACAAGAAACAACCAAAGCAGGGAAGCCCAAAGGCAGACCUAAAUUCCAUCUUGAGACAUUUGGGACAAUAGAUAACAAGGCAAUGCCACUGUCAUACAAAUUUUUAAAUGAGUAUCCACUUAGUGCCCCAGACCCUCACAAGGUGUGCGACUUUGAUGGAUGUGAAUGCAGAAGCCAAGAAGACUCUGAUGUUAUAAGACUGCCAUGUUUCCAUAUGUUUCACAAGCAAUGUCUUCAAAAGCUUAAUAACAGAUGUUCUCACUGUACCAAGCCGCUUCUCAAAAAAGUAAACUUCCUAACAAAAUCRUUCAAUGAAUCUCUACUUUCGCCAACCUCCACCAAAGCAAACAACACAGCAGAUGAUGAUGAUAAUAGCAACACUAAUGAYGACGACCAWGAUGAUGAUGAAAUUCCUGAAGUCAGCAGYCAUGACCCUCAAUACUAUGAAUCACCACAAUGGAAUGCAUUUAUAGAAAACAUGCUUGAUACCUUCCAAGUUCCACAGCCCUCUAUGUAUUCAGCUCAACGCACUUCAAAUUGUCAACAACUUCAGAACACUCAGUCCCAAAACAGUUCUACUCAGCAAAAUCAACAAAGCUCUCAGCAACCUCAGAGAAGCACACCUAACACUUCAACAGUUAUUACAACCAUCAAUAUUCAAAACGGAAAGUUCUGGCUUCUUGGCAGAAAUGUGUCACAGUCCACUCUGAAUGGUAGAAAUGGAUCAAAUGCUUGUACUUUUAUUGCCCUUCUUCUUUCCAAAUGUUUUGUUAUAAACAGAUUAACUCUUCCCUUUCCUCGACAAAGUCUGUCUCCAGUAUGGCAAUUAAUAAUGAUUUCGUGCAUCACAGAAGGCAAUAAAAUGCAUGAUCAAGUUACAGGUGGGCGUCCUGACCAUUUUGCUGUUACUGAAGCAGUUGCAGCACACCCUUUAUUAUCAGGAGGAGGAAUUGACGUUGAAUAUUCAUUUGAYGUUGAAUUUGUCAAUGGAAAUCCUGCUGUACCACAAUCUUCUCUUGCCUUUUUCUUGCAAAGACUUUUACAAGAAUCUAACAUAGCUGCCAUCGUGAUCAUCAAUGCCAUGUCCAUUUSCUUUGUUGGAAAAGAAGACAAUAUUCUCUUCAUGGAUAGUCAUCAACACGGGAACCAUGGUGCGCUUUUUGGCUACAGUAAUCUGGCAUCAUUAGAGAGCUUCCUGGUAAACAUCAAGCAACUUAUGAGUUGUAAUGUCAACAUGUGCAGUAUUACCUUUGUAAAAUUCAAUUAAAAGGUUMAAAUUUAACUUAUUAAGCGAGGCUUGAAAACUGUGCUAUUUCUGUGAUCAUUCAAGGUUGAAACUUACCUUCUUAAGAUAUCAUGUAAAAGCACAAACAGAAGAGUUUUGAAAGGAAAUGAGAUCAGUUACUUAAGAAUCCAAUUUGGAUACUGCAUGCUUUCAUUGCAGAAAAAUAUGUGUUUUKUGGAGAAUAUAAGAGUAAAAUGUAAAGUUUAAGGUUAUAAUUCGAUGUUUUUCACAUUAAAUUACACAAUUUCUACUUGCCUUGAAGCUUGCUUGCCUGUAGUUCUUUCGCAGAUUGAACAAUUAAGAUGUUAAAUAAACUUCGUUACCGAUCAAAGCCCGAAAUCCGAGGAAAAAUACGAAGAAUAUCCAAAAACAAUUAACGCCACGCUUCACUGUCCGCCAUUUUGUUUUCGAAAAAGCCACGCAUGCGCAGAUGUUUGACCGCGGUGU